AUGUUCGGGCCAACCGGUAUGGCGGUCCCUGUCAUGCUGCCAGCUUCCUCAGCCAAACCCGCAAAUCCUGAUGUACCUGCGAGCGAGAGGAGCAGUACGGGGGAUAACGUCAGCUAUGUUAGCUCUCGGGCAGACGUAGAGUCGCAGAGAGAGACUCGUCCGACAUCCUCUGAGGUUGGUCCUGUCGAGGACAACAGGAGUCCCUUCGUUGACAAGAUGAUGACACAAACCAACCUUCUCGUUCUGCCUCCAUCGAAUCUAUCUUACCAGAUGGCUUACUUCCUCAAGACCACUGGACCUAUCAAGGAUCCUCCGGUGAAGGAAGCCAGAUCCAAACGAAUUUCAUCCGCCAUGCGCAUCUUCAAAACCAGCAGCAGACGCCCUUCCGAUUCAACGACGGCUGUCCAUAUGAGGUUUGUGGAGCGAGUACACAUGAAGAGUGCGGAAACUGAUCGUGUCNNCAGGCUCGACGAAGUCAUCUCAGAGGAAAAAGAAGCUCCCGAGUUCGAGACUCAGCCUGCAGACGACGCCUCUCAGACGUCCAAGAAACCUUUGUUGCCAUCAGGGCAAAGACUGCCAGAUGUUGUGGUUCCAAAGGUAUCCAAGGCUGGUGAGUCAAGGACCGAGGGAGACGCUGUGACUUGA